GCUUGAAUCAUAGUCUUUCUCUCUCUGCGUCUGUUUAGAGAGAGCUAGCUAGGUUAAAUCUAGAUAGCUAUUAGCAGACAUGGCUCCAAAGAGUAUGGAAGAGAAAGCAAAGAACGAGUUCAGUAAAGGAGCAUGGACAUCUGAGGAAGACAAGAAACUGGCUGAGUCCAUUCAGAUCCAUGGCCCAAAGAGAUGGAAAACAGUGGCUGUCAAAUCAGGCCUCAAUCGAUGCGGAAAGAGUUGUCGACUUAGAUGGUUGAAUUAUCUCAGGCCAAAUAUCAAGAGAGGCAACAUUUCGGAUGAUGAAGAGGAUUUGAUUCUCCGACUUCAUAAGCUUCUCGGAAACAGGUGGUCAUUAAUUGCUGGAAGACUUCCUGGACGAACUGAUAAUGAGAUAAAAAAUUAUUGGAAUUCUCAAUUGAGUAAGAGAGUAAACACAGAUAAAAUCGUGACAACUGUAACUAUACAACCUACGAAACACAAAGAAAAUGAUGAUGAACUCAACCCUACCAACCAAAGGCAGAGAGAAAGUCCGAAUGGAGGUCAAGAGGAAGGAAAUAGCGGUACUAUCCCGAUAUUUGACACCAACGAGUUCUUCGAUUUCUCCACUGAAACCUUUGGAUUGGAAUGGGUAAAUAAUUUUAUUAAGUUUGGCGUUGAACAAAAUGAUUUGCAUUGAUUUUCCUGUCCUUUUUUCUAUUCCCAAUAAAAUGAUAAUAUAAAAUACUCUCGUGUGUUAAUAGUACUGCUACAAUUUAUUAUUGU